CAUCCGAUCUGAUAUUAUGUAAUACUGAUUUUCAGUCGUUCGAAUGACGAGCGUGUCAGCAGCAGCAGGGGGAUCUGCUGCUCAAAAAGCCAAACCUCCCGUAGUACAGCCUGGCACAGGCAACAAUAUCAUCAUAAACCCCAACCAGCGCUUGAAUCCUGUUCUUGAAUGCAUUCGCAAUGUUGGCAAAGAGUUUGGCGAUAUUGUCCCCGACUUCCAAGUGGGGCGUACUUCCGGCGUGCUCUUCCUCAGUCUGAAAUAUCACCGCCUGCACCCAGAAUACAUUCAUACUCGCAUAGAGAAACUUGGACUUGCAUAUAAUCUCAGGAUUUUGCUUAUCAUGUGCGAUGUUAGCGAGCAUCAGGAGCCAAUCCGGGAGCUUACCAAGGUCUGUCUCAUCAAUAACAUCACCAUCAUCGUCGCAUGGAGCAUCGAAGAAGCAGGGCAGUACAUCUCUACACUCAAGCAGUUUGAGCACAAGUCACCAGAUCUUAUCAAGGAGCGCGUGGAUAAGGACUACAAUGCCGUCCUCCGCACCGCGCUCACCAGCAUCAAUAAGGUGAACAAAACCGACGUCGAGACGUUGCGCUCGUCACUUGGGCUGGCGGGCCAGAGCUUCGCCGACAUAGCUCGCGCCCCAUCUGAUCGCCUCCAGACAUUACCAGGCUUUGGCCCCGUAAAAGUCCGUCGCAUCAAAGACGCCUUCGACAAACCAUUUCGAAAUCGUGCUACCAGCGCUGUAUUUUCUGUGGGCUCGCAAGUCACACGGGGCGCUGGCGACGAGGUCGUGUCUACGUCCAAUGACGUGACAGAACCUAAUGCUGCCUCAGGUUCGAAAACGAUAUCUGACUUGGCACCUGCACAAAGUGGCAAAGGAAAAGGAAAAGAACCAGCGCAACGCAGCCCAAGCCCAGUGUGGGACAUAGAACUCGACCUCGACACUCCUCCGCCUGUCGCAUCUUCCGGGCCUCCACUUCCACGUGAGCUGUCGCCAGCAUGGAAUAUCGAGCUUGACCUCAACGAUGACUCGGAUGACCUGUAUGUGGAUCCACGGCUGGCUGCUAAGAAGGGAUUCGGGCAGGCUGGGAGCUCAUUGGGCUCAGAUGAAUGA